UGCCACAUGCAUCCCCCUUGAGUAAUUAUAGUCUGAAUAUUCAACUCUAGGAACAAUGGAUAGAUAAGCUUCAAUUAUUUGGAUUUCCCACUUGGAUUUUCUUUCUCACUAAAUUCUAAUGACAAAUUAAAGGAAAUAAUAAUUAAAGAAUGUGACACCUUAAUUCUAACCUUAUUCUUAUUUUAAUAUCCCAAAUAGGCCCAUAAAUAUAUUCCAAGAAUAAAUAGGGAGUACUCCCAUUUGAAAGCAUGAAAGAAUUUUCCAUGGGAGCCUCAACUUCGAUCAAAGAGAAGCACAGGGCGUCCAAGAAGGGCCUCAACAGAGGGCCGUGGACGGCGGAGGAGGACCGGAGAAUUUCAGCCACCGUCGCUGUCCAUGGUGCCAAGCAGUGGACCACCAGUGCUGCUAGAUCUGGUUUAUCGAGUUGUGCUAAGAACUGCAGGCUGAGAUGGAUGAAUUAUCUGAGACCAAACAUCAAGAGAGGCAACAUGUCUGAUCAAGAAGAGGACUUGAUCAUCAGGCUGCAUAAACUCCUCGGAAAUAGAAUCAAAUCUUGGCAGUAAUCAACCCCACGCCAUGGAACAUGCAUAAUUGACCACCAAUUUCCCAUCAAUCCCAAAGUUCUGCAAUGCAGUGAACGUAUGAUAUAUCAAAUUCACACUAGAAGGAAGGUUCGGAUAUGCUU